AUGGCCUCGAAUCGUAACCGUCGUAUUGCUAAAGAGAUCGCGGAUAUACAUAAUGACCCCCAUUCGCAAGUGACCGCCGAGCCUAUGGGCGCCGAGGAUGAUCUCACCCAUCUGCGGGGUUCGUUUCGUGGUCCGCCUGCGACACCAUAUGAGGACGGCACAUUUUUCGUUGACAUCAAGAUUCCAACUGAAUACCCGUUCCGUCCUCCUAUCAUGAAGUUCGAGACCAAAGUCUGGCACCCCAAUGUCAGCAGUCAAACUGGCGCCAUCUGUCUCGAUACACUAUCAUCUGCCUGGUCACCGGUCCUCACAAUCAAAUCUGCACUACUCUCUCUCCAAUCACUCCUCAGUACACCCGAACCCAAAGAUCCUCAAGAUGCGGAAGUAGCCAACAUGCUUCUACGCAAACCGAAAGAAUUCGAGCGGGUGGCGAGGGAGUGGGCUAUAGCUUAUGCCGGUGCUCCUAAGAAACAUCUUGCUGAGGGCAGUGGUGGUGCCACUGAUGCAUCUAUACGGGAACAAGAACGCAAAGCAAAAGAGGACGAGGAACGGGAUGCGCUGGCUGCGUAUGAUGGAUAUAACAAAGACCUCGUCGACCGCUUCUGUGGUAUGGGAUUCGAUAUAGAUCGUGUCGUGGCCGCUUUUAAACACGUUGGGAUCGACCGGAAUAAUGGGGCCGACUAUGAGCUCGAGGGAGAAGCCGUUGGAGAUGUUACUGCAUUUUUGCUAGAGCUCGUAAUGGCCCGCGGCAUCUGUGAGAUCAAUUUGAUCUCUCUUGACUUCUUGCUUCUGAAGGACGAAAAACCUACAGACGAAGCUUCUUUCAACCGAAUAUUUCGUCUCCGAGACCUGCAGGCCUAUAAGCAGGGAUCAACUCCGACCUGCGUUGCCAUCAUGAUCGAAGACGAAAUCUACAAAACCUCCACACAGUUCCGGAUAUGGUCUUACACAAAGGAAUCUUUGAAAUCACUACGAGCGAAUACAAAUGCCGCUGCUAGUGAGCGUCUCCGAGCUGCCCAGAACCGAGCACGCGAGGCACCCAGAUCUGCAACCCCUUCGACAAGCGGUAAUCUAACGCCCAACCCAAGCGACAAUAAUGACUCGAAAGUGGAGGCAGCACUGGGGAAAGAUGUGGACUGUUUGUCUGUAGAGGAAGAGCUUAUGUUUGUGAGGUAUUAUUGCGAACUAGCUUUGGAUUUCGGGGAUAAAUAUAAACCAGCGUUGCCGACGAUGGUCAGAGCAACUGCUAUACAAUACCUGCGUCGAUUCUACCUUUCGAAUUCAGUCAUGACCUACCAUCCCAAAACAAUUAUGCCUUGCGCGCUUUUCCUCGCCACAAAAACCGAUAAUUACUAUCUCUCAUUAAACGAAUUCGCAAAACAGAUACCCAAAAUCGACAAACCUGCAGACGUCAUUGCGCCGGAAUACACAUUAACGCAAGGCCUCAGGUAUACAUUUGACGUUCGCCAUCCGUUUCGUGGUCUGGAGGGCGGGAUCAUGGAAUUACAAGCCAUAGCUCAAGGCGAAGGACAGCCUGGGCCUUUCAUUACAGGAAAAACAAGCGAAAGCAUGAAGCAAGCCAUCAAUAACAUCGAUCCUCUUCCGGGAGUGGAAAAAGGUUCGCCAUCGUCCAGAAUAUCAGCUGCUCAUAGCAAAGCUCGGGAUCUUUUAAAAACAGCCGCGCAGAUGACGGAUGCUUAUUUCUUUUACACGCCAUCACAAAUAUGGCUCSCCGCCCUUCUAGUUGCCGACAAACCGCUUGCGCAGUUCUAUCUGGAUAGUAAAAUAGGCCCAGGUGUGACGCCCGUACCGACCGAUUCGAAAAAUCCAUUGGAGAUGAUUCGUACAAAGUUGAUGACUACACUGUCGGAUUGCGCCAAUUUACUAGAAUCUUACACCCCUAUUGCUUCCAACCCGGGCACACUCCAAGACUUGAAGGCUAUAGCCAAAAAAGUAUACCAAUGCCAAAUGAUUGAGAAAUUAGAUCCUGCGGCUCCUGGCAGUGGACAGAAACGAUCAACUGGAAGCUUGCCUGGUGCUGAAGGUGCGUCUGAGAGUGAACUGGAAAGAGUUGCUAAAAAGCGACGGCUGGAACGUGAGAGACGAGAACAAGAAAGUAAAGAUAUUUUUGGCGGGGAGUUGGUGGCUCAGCGGAAAAAGGCUGAUUGA